CCCUCAGAUAAUUGUUUGACGGUUUAUAACUCAAUUAAGAUGAACCAUUCAAAUCCUUAUGCCAUUUUUACAAUUAAUCCUGCAAAAAAUGAAAUAGAUAUUUUUAAGCUUGCUGAACCGGGUAAGUUGUCGUGGUACGCAGCACACAUGAUGAUUUCCUUAAUGACAUGCGGUCACUUGAAUCUGAGGGAUGUUUCGCAGGUAAACGACAGCUUACCAGUGAGAAAGCGGAUGCUUUACGCUUCCUCGAAAGACGGAUUGAGAAGGUCCCUAGAAGGGAUCAAGUUCUGUGUCCACGCCAGCGAAAUGGAUGACCUCAGUGAGAAAGCAAUGACUCAAGCUGCAUUAGCGGCCUGCAAAUCCACUCGUUGA